AAGCGCUUGGUUUAGAUUGCGUUUUACAUUGUUGUCGUAGGAUGUGUGGAAUAUUUGCAUACCUCAACUAUCGAGUUCCAGUUACUCGACAAGUGAUUGUAAAUACGUUGCUCAAUGGCUUACAUCGAUUAGAGUAUCGUGGUUAUGAUUCAGCAGGACUUGCGAUCGACGCUGUUUGCCCAGAACGAGAUGAAUUAUCAAAUGUCGGAGAGCCUCACAAUACUUUUAUUCGAGUUGUCCGCUGUAAAGGAAAGGUGGCUUCGUUGGGACAAGCUGUUAAAGAGUUUUUAACCGACCAUGACUUUCCAAAUGAACUGAUCACAACACAUGUUGGCAUAGCUCAUACACGAUGGGCAACGCAUGGUGAACCAAAUGAAGUUAAUGCUCAUCCACAACGUUCUGGUCCUGAUAAUGGAUUUGUUGUAGUACACAAUGGUAUAAUAACCAAUCAUAUAGAUUUAAGAGCAUUGCUAAGUCGUCGCGGUUAUGUAUUCGAAUCGGAAACAGAUACAGAAGUUAUUCCGAAAUUUAUGCAAAUGAUUUAUGAUUCACAUAAAGACAAUCCAAUUACAUUUUUAGAAGUUGUUGAAUUAGUUGCUCAACAAUUGGUAAGUCAAUGA